GAAGUGAUGAAGACAGUUUUGGUGACCGGGGCAGAUGGAUUUAUUGGAUCGCACCUGACGGAGCUCUUGGUUCGGGAAGGGUACAAAGUCAAGGCGUUGUCUCAGUAUAACUCUUUCAACUAUUGGGGAUGGCUUGAGGAUGUCAGCUGUCUGAAAGAUAUUGAAGUAUUGAACGGUGAUGUACGUGAUCCGCAUUAUUGCAAACACAUCACCAAAGAUGUUGACGCGGUUUUUCACCUUGCUGCCUUAAUCGCUAUUCCGUAUUCAUAUGUAGCACCCGAUAGUUAUGUGGACACUAAUGUCAAAGGCACUCUGAAUAUUUGCCAGGCUGCGAUUGAUAACGGUGUGCAGCGGGUGAUCCACACGUCUACCAGCGAAGUCUAUGGCACCGCUCAGUACGUCCCUAUCGAUGAGAACCACCCACUCCAGCCGCAGUCACCUUACAGCGCCUCGAAGAUGGGGGCCGAUGCAAUGGCCAUGAGCUUUUUCAACGCCUUUGAUUUGCCUCUGACCAUUGCUCGUCCAUUCAACACUUAUGGGCCUCGCCAAUCUGCACGUGCUGUCAUUCCUACAAUCAUCACACAAAUUGCCAGUGGUAAGAGGCAGAUCAAGCUCGGUGAUGUUUCACCCACCCGUGAUUUCAACUAUGUUGCUGAUACCUGCCGCGGCUUUCUCGAACUCCUACGCUGCGACAAGGCUGUCGGCGAGAUCGUCAAUAUCGGCUCCAACUUUGAAAUCACUGUGGGGGAUACGCUGAAGCUGAUACGUGAGUUGAUGAGCAGUGAUGUCGAGUUCCUGAUGGAUGAUCAGCGUCUGCGCCCUGAAAAAUCGGAAGUGUUCAGAUUGUGGUGUGAUAAUACCAAGAUUCAGGGCCUUACCGGAUUCGAGCCGCAGUACUCGAUCCGCCAAGGGCUACAAGAAACCAUUGAUUGGUUUACUCGGCCUGAAAACCUGGCCAAAUACAAAGCCGAUCUCUAUAACGUCUGA